UGGGUUUCGUUGAACGAAACUCAGUUUAGUUUCCUGCCCUGGGUCCUCCUAUAGCUGACCGGCUAGGAGCCAGGUUAAAUUAACGUCAUGUUGCCAUUUAAAGAAAUUUCAAGGGAUCCUUCAGUGCAGUUUCUUUUAAGCCUCCUUUCCUUUAGAGGCUGAUAUCAGUUUGCACCCAUCCUCCAGUCAUAGAGGCCUUAGAAUGCGUUAUGAGAUAUCAUCACGCUAUGCUCGUUCUUGUAGCCCACAAUCAUUCUCUUAUUCAAGCUUACGACGGGAGUCCCUUUCUGAGCAUGUGGACAGUCUGAUUGCUAGAUCUAGGAUACAUGAUCAGAUCCGAGCCAGCAGCCUUGAACCCUUCUCUGAUAUUGCAGAAUUACCAACUAUUAGAACAUCAACGAUAGUUUGCACUCCGUUGUCUCCUUGGAAUAAAACUGGAGAGUUCUACUACCCGAGGUAUCCUGAAAGCUGGAGGGGUACUGCAGCCACGACACCUCUAAGAGGAGAUUAUUAUUAUUGGAGUAACCCUGCUAGAUAUUACAGAUACAGAGAUUUCUAUCCUCGGCAUUUCUACUAUCCAAGCAGAAGAUACUAUCCUUCAUCUUAUAUACUAUCCAGAUAGAUAGAUAGAUAAAUAUAGGAUUAAGUUGUGGUGUAUACCUCCUUUGAAAUACGAGAGGUGUAAAGGUCUUUAAGAUUAUGUAAUAUUAAAAACCAUUUCUAUUUCGACAAUAUUGAUUAACCCAGUUAACUAAUGUAUUUGUAUUUAUACAAAUAAAAUAAUAUUUUGUAAAA